AUGGGAUUGAUGAUGAUGAUGAAAGAAGGCGAAGUAAAUGCUGGGAACUCUGAUGAUUAUUUUAGAGUUCCAGACGAUAUUCCAGCGGACGAUGCAUUCAGCUUGAUGUUUCUGAUAUCGCUCAGUAUAACUUUUGGUUUACUUUUGCUAGUGUUGAUUUUAAUAUCGGUGUAUUUGACGUUUUGCGGGGGUAGCGAUGCAGCAGAUAGCGAUGAAGAAGAUGAAGGGAGUGGGUCAGUUUCGUUCAAGUUUUUCCGUAAGGGGAACAGCUUGCUAUUAGAUAGUAGUUUCAUGACUCCCGGGAAGUUUGACGAUGAACAGGCUUUGCUGGAACAAGAAGCUGAGGAAUUACCCCGGAUGUCGCGAUUUGAAGUUGAGCUUUAUGAGCGUACGAAAGAGUUCCAGAAGAUGAGUCCGCCAAUGGUGAAGCCAUUUGGGACGUUUUUGAAUUCUCAGGACAAGCAGAUGAUCAAGGAGAGGGGUAUCCAGUCGUAUUUCUUUCUUCCGUCGAUCAACGAUAAUGUGGAUCGGAAUGGGUCGUUUUUGCCCAGUUUUUUCGUUGAGGAUAAGUUGAACGUUACGUUCACCAAGUUCAACGUGUCGUCGAGUGCGAUUAUGAACUACCCGCUCCCCAUGAACCGGAAGGAUGCUGUGUAUUUUGAAGUGAAGGUGUACAAGUUCAAGCCAUGUUCGAACUCGAUAUUCAGUAUCGGGCUAAUGACAUGUCCGUACCCAUAUUUCAGGAUUCCCGGCACUGCGAUAUAUUCCAUAGCGUAUGAGUCUACUGGGAAGCUCAGGAUCAACAAUGCAUUCCGUGCCGAUACGCUUUUACCCAAGCUAGAAGAAGGAGACGUUGUUGGGUUUGGGUAUAGGUACAGUUCUGGCACGAUAUUUAUUACGCAUAACGGGAAAAAGAUGAUGGACGUAACGCAUCGUGUUGGGAUAGACUUGUUUGUGGGCAUCGGGGCCAUGAAUGCGGCAUACACGCGUACGUACACUAAGGAUGGGCUCUUUGAGGAUCCCGAUAACGUUAGUUUCAGACAGAAGUGGACGGAUGUCACGUCGUCAAAUGUUGGUGGUGGUAGUAGUAGUAGUGGGAGCCAGGGUGCUUCUCAUAUCAGCGACGUAAUCAACCCACAGUUGUUGGAAGUGCACGAUCCUAAGGAUAGCCCCGUGAGCUCUGAUCCAAUUGAGCUUCAUGUGAAUCUGGGACAGCUGGGGUUCGUAUUCAUCGAAGCCAACGUGAAGAAGUAUGCGUUUGGCAGUGUGUAUGGUGAUAUUGGCAUUCCUCCUGCAUACAACGGAGACGAUAUAAAGCAGGACAUGCUAUUGCAAAAGGGCGAAGAGCUUCCACCGGAGUAUCCCGAUGAUGAGGUGGAUUUCUUUGGUGGUGUGCGGGAACAUACGACAGAAUCUAGAGCUGCAGCGGGAUCUGCAGCAGGAUCUGAAGCUAGGAUUGGGGUUGGGUUUGGAAACGAGGCAGAAGCGUCUGCUUCAACGGAUCAAGGCGCAUCGACAGAUACCCCAGGAACUGUCUCGGAAACUGCCCCAGAGGCUGCUCCAGAGGCUGCUCCAGAAACUGCCCCAAGUACCGCUCCAGAGACUGCUCCAGAGACUUCCCCCGUGACAACCCGGAAAACCACUCCUGCCAAGAAGAAGAAUAAGAAGCGCAAGAGAAAGAAUAAAGGUUCGAGACGGUAA